AUGAAGCAUUUAAUAAUAGUUGCUAAGGCAGAUGAUAAUCAUGACAUAAUUCAUUCUGAAUUGCUUGAUCAAACACCAAUUGAACAUGUUGGAAAUUCAUUGAAUUUUCUAGAUCCUCAUGGAGAACAAUGUUCUAAUAAAAAUUUAAUUAACAAUAGUCAAUAUGAAGAUGAAGUGAUUAAAACUUUUCGUUUAAAGGGCGUUUAUUCAAUAUGCUGUUGGUUAGUCGUAAUCAUUUUCAUAACAAUAGCUUAUGUAACCAAGACAAACUAUCUGGAAUAUUCAAAUAAACCAAUUGUAAAACAAACCCAACAUUGUUUCGUUUGUGACAAUUAUGCAAGUUUGUCAGACAGUUCUGGUUUUCGUCCUGGUCCGGGCACCGGAUUAGCAUGGUUUGGUGGGAAGCCAGUAGUUGGUGGUUGGACUAGUAUGUCCAGUAAUGGAAAUCAUUUAAGAAAUGGACUGACUAGUUUACAAAUAUCAAGAUUGUGUUCAGAAAGAGUAAAUCGUUCAGCAAUCAAGUUGCUUAUCGAUUCAGCAAAUUAUGGAAAGUGUGAAAAUAUAAAUUAUAAUGGUUGUGCUAAAAUUGUGACAAAAAGUUGGAGGGUUCGACCACAACUCGGCGUACCAACAUUGACUGCUGUAGUUGUAUCACGUACAUGUGCUGCUAUCCCAGAAGGAUAUGGUGUCGGUUGUUUUAAUUCAGUUGGUGGUGCUGGUAUGCGAAGAACUAUAUGCUAUUGUCGUGGUAACUUUUGCAAUUAUUCUGUUAAAACCAAAGAAAUUAACAAGUAUUUUAUUAUCAUCAUUCUUGUUUCGAUAAUUACGACUCUUCAGUAAGAUCAUUCCUUGGUUUAUGGUUUUAUCAACUAGUCUUCCAUUAGGUUAUUCAAUCAAAUGAAAAUGUUCUUCAUCAACAGUAAUUUUGUCUCAUAUUAUUCUAUUUAAUAUAUCUAAAUAUUGGGCUAGUAUUUUAAAAACUCCAAACCAUUAACGGUUUCAUACACCCUUGAAGAUGAUUUUAAGUUAUACAAACUGUUCUUUACUUGUUUGCCUCAUGAUCUUAUAUUGUGGGUGAUUGAAUAUUUACCUGAAUGCUAGAACACAGUAUACUAUGCUCGUCUGUCAUGGGGGUCAAUUAAGUACACACUUCCUGCCUGUUACUAAUGGUCUGACGUUUUUAUUUACCUAGUUGCUCUGUCUUCAGUUCAGCUGGUUUCUUAAAAUAUACGUCUUC